AUGCGAACCAACCAGUGGCUGGUCGACGAAAUCCUAGCACAACGAGGGGACAUCCGUAACUUGACGGACCAAUGCGAUGAGCUGCGGAAGACUGUCAACUCCCUGGGUUUCCGAGAUAGCAAGCCUACGAGCAGCGAUCAGGUCCACACCAGGCGUCAUCAAGUGGCUGUCGGCACUCAGUGCGAUGAUCUCCCCACUGAGGAAGAGAAGGCGUUGCGCAGCGAACUCCUUCGGGCUAAGCUUGAGCUCAACGAGAAGGAGAGACUCGAGACCAGACGACGACCUCAUACAGUUUGCAGGGACGUCGGCGCCCAAACGAUGGAGAGAAUAACACCCAACAACCGCAUCGUGCUCUCUGACGAUGUUAUGUGGUGGACCCCGGGGGGCCUCUACAAGGUCGGUAAGUACAGCGUCACCUCGACGACCUGGCCUGCAGGGCCCGAUAAAGCUGCUGCUACUUACGGCUAUAAUGCCCAGACUCCAUCUAGCUUCUACGAUUCUACUUGUCUACCAACCACUGAAGGCAGUUUUGGUGGCUAUCAAUAUGGAGCCGGGGUUGACGAUGACGGCGCUCCCUAUUGGGAGUCAGCGCAGGGAGAGUACGAAUUCGCCGAGGAGGAGUCCUUCCUGUGCGGCGCUAUCGCUCAACAGUAUAUUCCUCAACUCGAUCAUUAG